GUUAUUAAGACUCAGAUUAUCAUGAUGGAACCUCUACCUCAUAUAAAUAAAGUCUUCUCUAUGGUUGUUCAACAUGAGAGACAACUUGGAUUAAAUCUUACAAAUACAGACUCACAAAUCUUUGCUACUAAAGGAAUUAACUAUAAUAGUUGUGAGAAUAAUUCUGUAUAUGAAUCAAGUGUGUGUUAUAGCAGAGGAAAUCAGAAUUUUUGUGGAAACCAGAAUUACAAUGGAGGAAUGAACUUUGGUUCUAAACCAAGAAAGUUCAACUAUAAUCAGAACAAGAAACCUGUUUGUUCUUUCUGUGGAAUGGAGGGACACACAGUUGAGAUUUGUUACAGAAAGCAUGGUUUUCCUCCUAACUUUCAGUCUAAGUUUAAGAGGAAUAACCAAGGAGGACCAAUCUCAGCUAACCAGGUUGAAAUGCAGCAGGAAGAAUUUUUUGAUGAUGCUGGAAUGGAGAAUAACCAGAAUGGAAAUGAGUGUUAUGGAAGGAAAGAGAAAAAUGAAGUCUGCAACAGGAAUCACAACUUUGGGAACAAAAGUGAUCAGACUGAUACAAAUGACUGUGGAGGUUUUCCUUUUACUAAAGAGCAAUAUUCAAAACUUAUUUCUAUGAUUCAGCAAAAUGGAAAUAAUGUUGCUCAUGUCAACCAUAUCUCAGCACAUUUCAAACAAGAGGAACCUACAGGAUCUGGUUCAUUCGAGGAUGAUUGGAUCAGCUAGUAAAAAGGGUGGAUUAUAUGAAUUGCAUAUGACUUCUGUUUCUCACAGUCAUU